AUGCUGCAGCUGCGGGGCUUCGUGCCCACCACAGCAAAGGUGAAGCUGGUGGAGUUCCACCCGGUGCAGCCAUGGAUCGCCUUUGCGGACCAGUCGGACGCCGUCAAGGUCUGGGACUGGAGCACGCAGCAGAUCCUGCACGACCUCUCAAUGGGCGGCGCCGACGACGAGGGCGCCGUAGAGGCCGCCAUCAACCGCAGCGGCGAGCGCGACGGCGGCUUCUCCACCAACGCCUCCGCCGCCGACUACGUCCCCUCGCGCGCCGCGUCCGGCCGGGUGCGCCAGGUGCGCUUUUUGGACGCCGAGGUCGCCUACUGGCAGACCGCCGCCGCCCACUACAUGGUCAACGGGACGCUCGGCGCGCCGCCGCCGCGCGCGACGGCCGCGCGCGCGCUGGACGGCACGCGGCUGCUCGUCGCGGUCGCGGACAGCAAGGUGGUGCUGUACGACCUGCUGUCUAAGAAGCCGUUCGAGGUGACCAAGGCGCAGCUGGACGGCCGCUCGCCGACCAGCGUCGCGUUCCUCUUCCGCGGCGGCCCGCACGCGCCCGGCGGCAGCGGCGCCGCCGACCCCGCCGGCAGCAUGAUGGCGUCCCCGGUGCUCGCGGUUGGCUGCUCCGACGGCGUCGUGCGGCUGGUGCACCUCGCGACGCUGCGGGUGGUGGGGCGGCUCGCGCCCGGCGCGGGGUACAAGGCUUCCGCCGUCACGGCGCUGCUGGUGCUGCCCUCGCGGCAGGGCCACGCGGGGGCGACAGGGACGCCGGCGGCGGGGCCGACGGGCGGCGGCGGCGCUGCAGCGGCAGGGCCGACGGGUGGCGGGGGCGGCAUCGGCGGCGGCGCGGGUGCGACUGGUUUGGCAGGUGGCGGUCCAGGCGCGGUCGCGGCGGCUGCUGCGGCGGCCACACCGGGUGCAAGCGGCGUGUUCGUGCCGUCUCGUGACCUGCUCCUUGUGGGUGACGCGUCCGGCGGCCUAUUCUUGUACGAUCCCUUCGGCCGCCCCCUCUCUGCCGGCCGGGAAGCCGGCCCCACCCGCGCUGUCGAGGCGCACGCCGGCGGCGUCUGGUCGCUCUGCCUGGCCCCUGGCCCCGAGGACGACAGCGAGACGGCGCCGCGCGUGUUCAGCUGCGGCGCGGACAAGCACGUGGCGGCGUGGGAGCCGCACGCGUUGCGGGAGAUGUGGCGGCUCAAGCUGGACCCCAAGGCGCCCGCUGCCAGCCUCGCCUACAGCCACAGGUACUUCAACCUGAGCGGCGCCCACGGCCUGCUGAUGACCGUCAACACCGCCGCGGUGAUGGCCAUGUACACGCUCACGGCCCUGCCAGUGGAGCGCGCCCUGCGGCCCUGCGUCGACCUGGCGCCCCUCAUCCCACCAGGCCAGAAGAAAGUGCCCAAGACAUAUGCGGUGGCGGUCAGCCCGAUGCGGCCAAACCUGGCGGCCGUCGGCGCCAACAGCGGCAUGGCGUUCCUCACCUUUGACAGAAUGUACCCACUGCCCGUCGCCGCCCUGCCGCCGCGCGACCUGGCCGCCGCGCACGUUAGCCCCAGCCGCGAGGGCGACCCCCAGCCGGUGCACGUGUCGUAUGUGGCGCAGUUUGGGGACACGCUGUGGCACGUGUCGUGCGCGGCUGCGGAGAAGGACCUGGGCGGGCCGUCCCCCCACGUCUUGCCAGUGGUGGUGUCAAAGGAGCCCGUCGCCGCCACGCCCUUCACCUCCGGCCGCGCCAUCCUGGGCGCCUCUGCCAGCGGGCAGUACGUCAGCUGCUGCUGGCCGGCCGGGCGGCGGUACUGCGUGUGGUACCGCACCCUCACCGGCGGCUGGCAGGAGGUGGACUCGGGCCUUGGGGUGGACCUGGCGUGGCAUUCUCACAGGGACCAGUUUGCUGUGUUGGAGGAGCCGCCCCCCGCGCUGCCCGUGGCGCCGCGCUCCAAGGGGCUCCUGAAGAACAAAGAAAAGGAGGCGGCAAGGGCGGCAGCCGCAGCGGCGGACGCGGCGGCGGCGGCGGCGAUGCAGUCGGUGGUGCGGAUAAAGGCCGUCGACGGGGUUCAGGCCAAGGUCACGUGCGCACAGGUCGCCCUGUCGGGCGACAUCCCGGUGGGCAUCCAUGGCGGCCCCCUGCUGGGCGUGUCGUACAAGCGCACCACCUCCAGCGCGGCGGAGCUGAGCGGGGAGGACUCUUCGCCGGUGCUGCAGCUCUGGAGCUGGGACGGCACGUCAAAGGUGGGGCCAGCAGCCGGGAGGGUCGCGCCGCCGCCUGAGAGGACGGGACGCGGCCGCGACCCGUCCGAGGCAGGGCCCGAGCGGUGUGGCGCUCGGAGUGUGGCGCUGCGGGCAAUAUGA